GCCCGUCCCCGCUUAGAACUGACAUCUCGCCGUGGGCCGUUGCAUCCGCUCCGCACACGUCCUUUCGCAUCAAAAAAAUGAAGGCUUUCAUUGUUCUAGCCGCUGUCGCCGUAGCUGCCAUCGCUUUGCCAAGGUCCAAGCGAGCGGCGUAUGAGCUGCCGGACGGCGCCGAAUUCCUCGUUGGUGGGUUCCGAACGUCGUUCACGUGCCCGGCCAAGAACGGCUACUUCGCCGAUGUCGACAACAACUGCCAGAUAUUCCACGUCUGCAACGUGGUCACGCACGCCGAUGGAAACACCGAGGUGCAGCAGUACAGCUUCCUCUGCGGCAACCAGACCGUGUUCAGCCAGCUGAGCCUGACGUGCGCCUUCGCAGAGGAGGCCGUCCCGUGCCAGAACGCUCCCGACUUCUUCUACGUGAACGACAACAUCGGGGUUGAGACGGCGCCAUUCCUCACCGACAACGACGUCCAGCGGGCGGCGCAGUUGAUUCCGUCUUACAAAGCCAAGGCUUGAAUCCGCAAACCGCCGAUCGCCAAACGCCGAGUGCUUGAUGCCACGAGCCGGGGAUAGUGCAUGCAUUUGUACAUGCUGCGGUGCCUUGUACUGCCGGGAUGCCUUCGUGGGGGUUACAUCUUUGCUGUUAGGUUGAACCAGCUCAUGCGUGCUACAGUCGGGGUGGCAGCAACUCAAGAGCGCCUGGGCACUUAGAGUGGAGAAGCAGAAGCGCUGGGUUGCAUGGCAGCAACUGUGGGCAUUCGUACCGUUAACAGGGACAACAUUCAUAGCGUUUAUAUAGAUGCUCUGCUUUUCUGUCUCGCGUAGAGCUAAAUAGGCAUCAGUGCUCAAGCUUGCUAAGCUGAAUACCUCGCUGAAUAGCUUUUAGUGGGAGGAUUUUGUUAUUGCCACUAAGGAGGCAGUAGGGGCUCGAAGCCCUAACAUUUUAUCCUACGCUAUUCUUGAGCGACGCUGGGCUCAACCUAAUAGCAAAAAAUAAGUGUUUGUGAAGGCAUCCAACUUCGUGCCAGCUACCAGCACCAAUGUUGCAUGUUAUUUUUGUUCGAGACCGCCAUGUAAUUCGUAAAUGUCCUGCGCUGCAGCGAGUCGUACUGUUGCUUCGAGUAUUUUCGCAAACGGGAUAUGGUGCGCAACGCUUCACGCAGCAACUGCAUGCCGCUACAUAUCACGGGGAAAGACGCUAAAGAUCAACAGCGCUUACAGUCCGAGUGGAAUGUGGUGGUUUUUUUUUUUUUUUUGCUUUGUGAGAAACUGGGCUUGUGCUUGUGCCUCAGAUAGUUGUCACCGUGGUGCAGCUAGUCCAGUUGAGAAAAACUAAAGAAAAAAGAAAGAACUUGGUUACAGUGCAGAUGCAUGUACGAAAGCUAAGAAUGAGUACCUAAGAGCUUAUGCCUUAGAUACCUAUGUCAUCAAGUACUUCAGCGUAUAAACUUUACCCAUGUUUAGUACUGCGGGGACAUUUUGUUGAAGGAUAUGGGAAACGUGAUUGCGCUUAGUGUGCAUGUACCGAAACUCGUGCAGCAAGUAUACUUUCGGUCCAGGAGUUGUGAUAUUCCGGUGCAAAUUGAGGGUCGCUCCGACAGCGUCCCAGUGAAAAUGACCUAUUAUAGCCACGAGUAUUACAUGCAGGCCACAAUCUGUAGGCUGGACAUGCGAAAUUCAUUGGCUUUCCCUCAAAAUAAUACACGCUUACCAGUAUACUCGCGACUUAUUUUGGAGAACUUCAUGAAGCUUCACUGCUGCCUGAAGCGCUCGCAUGCGAUGUAAUGCUUGGGUUAUUUUCCUACAACACGCAACGCAGGCGCACACGCAUAUAGUCAUUGCUUCAGGGGAUACUCGGUGGCGCUGUUCUCAUUUUUGUUCGUGCACUAACGUCAUUCAUUGUGGCGCCGUUGUGGUGGUUUUGUCCAUCGUUGUUGUUCGCGUCUCCACGUGGUUUCUUGUCUAUACUUCUAUCGUGGCUGUGGGUCUUGUCCUGUGUAUAUAGACGCACUGGUUGCUCUCCCAUUUCUCUCGUGCUGUGCAUGCUUUUUGUUGUACAGUUGACAUACAGAAAAAGUUGCAUUUUAACACUGCCAAUAAAUUUGUGCGCAUUAUGAUUUCCGUCUCAUUCAAUCAGCAUCAUUGUGACCAUAGGUAGGAUAAAUAAUAAAAUGACUUGACCAAAGUAACGGAAAUGGCAAUUUCCGACUAAAGAAAUGAGUAAGAACUUCGACUAUGGCAAAAUGCGAGGGUGAAUAAAACAAAAAAUCGAAAAACUAAAGGAAGUUUUGUGUUUUCGAGGGAAUAAACGAAGACUAGGUGUGUCUGACGUCACCACGUGUAUAUUUCGAGUCAUGUGGAAGUAGGAGUAUCUAUCGCUGCCCCAUUUAGUCGAGUGUCGCGGAGCAAAAAUUGCACACGUAUACGGACGCACCCCUCCACGAUUGCACCACUGAGAAACGGCGCGACGUGGUGCGCUUUCUUUGGUCGGAGGUAGUAAAACCGGCGGACACGCACGGUCGGCGGUAAGCGUUCCCCAUCCUCCGUACAGCCCUGAUCUGGUGCCAUCUUAUUACCGUAUCUUCGGUCCUUUGAAGGCGGUGCUCGUUGGUGCAGGUCGGACGACGAGGUUCAGCUAGCGGCGCAGACGUGGCUUCGUGAGCAACCAAACACCUUCUUCGCGGAUGACAUACAGAAGCUGAUUGCACGAUACCAAAAGUGCACUGCCGUGCAGGAGAUAUAUGUGUGUGUAAAAGGGAUAUCUGCA